AGUAAUUAAUAUAGUUUCGGUGUGUUCAUAUUCCAUUCAUCGGUCCCUCGUCCUCCUCUCUACACCCCAGAGUCCCUCGAUACCCGGAUUUCGUAACACCUAAUCGCAGCAAAUUCUUACAUUGACGCCAACCAGGUCACACAGAAAGUAGAGAAAGUAAUGCCGCCCUCCUCAACAGCAGCAAUCCGCUACGUAGCCGCUACCUCCAAGAAACCCCCCUUAGGAACCCUCUAUCUCCGAUGCCAUGUGAAGCCGGGCGCUGCCAAAGCCCGCGAGGGCGUCACUGCUCUCACCGAAGACGCCGUUGAAUUGUGCGUCUCUGCGCCACCUCGAGAAGGGGAGGCUAACAAGGCCGUCAUCAAACUACUCAGUGAAGUCUUACAAAUUCCCAAGUCGGAUCUUCAGAUCACACAGGGUGCCAAAGGACGAGACAAGACUGUGGCUUGGUCCGGCAUAAAAGACACUGAGGGUGAGAACUUGGUCGUGCGAAUCGAGGAAAUUCUCAGACAGGCGGUAGAGAAGUAAUUUGUGCAUCAUCCGACCUACAUAGAGGCUCCUGAGCUGCUCCUCGAGGGUCUUGGCGCGACUCGAUACAGAGACUACCUCAAAAGGCGAGUUGUGGGACGAUAUCCAGCGGAUUUGAAGUCCUCAAAAAGGCCCACCCGAGCCUGUCUAUGAACAAAGGCUGGUUCGCCGUACACAUGAUAUUAUA